UGUAAUAAUCGCCGUUAUGAAGAUUCGGAGAAGGGUCUCGGCGUUCUAAAACGGAAUUCUAGCAUAGUGUAUCAGUGAAGAAUGCGGCCAUCGGCGGAGUGACCCAGAAUGGCCGAUUAUUGAAAUGGGACGAUUGUUCGGAUUGUUGCUGGCCUGGGCAGCUAUGGCUAGAGUGGUAUUUAGCGCAUGUGUGCCUGGAGAGUAUGAGUACGACGGAGAGUGCUGCCCGCAAUGCCCAUCUGGUAAUGUUGUAAAGAAUCACUGCACAAAUACAGUCAGUACAGUGUGUAUACCAUGCGUAGACAACACAUACAUGGACCAUCCAAACGGGCAGACAAAGUGCUUGAGAUGUAAAAUAUGUGACAGGGGUGCUGGCCUUGUUACAAAGAAAGCAUGUACAUAUACUUCAAAUACUGCAUGUGACUGUGAACAUGGAUCAUUUUGUAGGUCGGUUAGUGGUAAAGAAUGUGACAUGUGUGAAAGACAUAAAACAUGUCCACCUGGCGAAAUGGUGAAGCGAUCUGGAACCAACAGGAUGGAUACAGAGUGUGAAAAAUGUCCUAAUGGAACAUUCCGCAAUGAAUCAAUGUCAAGUUGCACUAAGUGGACACAAUGUGCAAGUGGAAUCAUUAUUCAACAGGGAACAAGUACCAACGACACCAUCUGCAAAACUCUGCACGCAAGGGAAAGGUGGAAGAUUCUUAUACCUUUCGUCACAUUAGGAUUAGGAUUGGGAUUGGUUGUGUGCAUUUUAUGUAUACUCAUGCCCCAACAGCUUCCAUAA